AUGGAGCAAGAAGGAGCAAUAAUACGGAUUAGCAACAGAUUAUCGUCCCACGACAAGAAAAUAUUGGCAAUGGCUUUAGCGAUUGUUGCCAUACUUUCGCCUCUUUACAUUGAUCGUCGAUCGAUGCCCGAGCCAGAGGACGAUGACGAGUCUUCGUACUUAUCUUGCUAUUUUGUGCCGGUUUUGCAGCUGGUUCUUAUAAUAGGCAUAGCAGUAUCAGCUUACUUAGAGCAUGGAUUUACCAGGUUGGACCCUUACUGGAUUCACAGGGUAGGUGGUUCUUCAACUGGGAUAAUUAUUCUUUUAAUUGUUCUUACUUUGGUUUUGAGGUGUAAAAGCUCUUGA